AAUCCAUCAACAAUGAUCGGCCAUAAAUCUCAACACUCUUACUCGACAAUGUCAUCGCCGCCGAUCAAAUUCGGAAUCCUGGGCUGCGCCGAGAUCGCCCGCAAGGUCUCCCGCGCCAUCUCCCUCUCCCCCAAUUCCACCCUUCACGCCGUCGCCAGCCGCUCCCACGAAAAGGCCGCCAAAUUCGGCGCCGACAACGCCUCCGCCAAGGUCUACGCCUCCUACGAGGCCUUGCUCGACGACCCGGAGGUGGACGCCGUCUACGUCCCGCUCCCGACGAGCCUGCACAUCAAGUGGGCCGUGCUCGCCGCCCAGAAGAAGAAGCACCUGCUCUUGGAGAAGCCCGUCGCCCUCGAUGCUAAGGAAUUCGAUCAGAUCGUCGCGGCGUGCGAAUCCUGUGGGGUGCAGUUCAUGGAUGGUACCAUGUGGAUGCACCACCCCAGGACUGCCAAGAUGAAGGACUUCCUCUGCGAUGGCUCCCGCUUCGGUGACCUCAAAACGGUGCAUUGCUGCUUUACCUUCGCUGCGGAGAAAGAUUUCCUAGAGAACGACAUCCGCGUGAAGCCGGAUCUGGAUGCUCUUGGUGCACUCGGUGAUGUAGGCUGGUACUGCACCAGGUCGAUAUUAUGGGCUGCUGGUUUCGAGCUUCCUAAAACAGCACUCGCAUUGCCUGGCACGGUCAAAAACAGUUCAGGAGUCAUCCUAGCGUGCAGCGCCUUUCUGCAAUGGGAAGACGGGAAAACGGCCACCUUCCACUGCUCUUUCUUGGCCAAUUUGACAAUGGAUCUAACUGUAGUCGGAACUAACGGCACUUUGAAGCUUCAAGACUUUGUGAUCCCGUUCGAGGAGCACAAGGCCUCUUUCUCCACAGCUGUCAAGUCCGGGUUCACCGAGCUCGUGACCGGAUGGGAUCCAAAGCCGAGCGAGCACACUGUUAUGACGGACCUUCCGCAGGAAGUUCUCAUGGUGAAGGAGUUCUCUAGACUGGUUGGAAGCAUCAAAUACGAUGGUGCGAAACCCGAGAAGAAGUGGCCGACGCUUAGCAGGAAGACGCAGCUCGUUCUCGACGCAGUAAAGGCGUCGAUUGACAAAGGUUAUGGAACUGUUGAAAUCAUUAGUUAGCUGCAUGAUGCUUGUGUUUGUGUUUGUCAAGUUAAGACUGUGUUACUCAGUUAUGCAUUUUGAAUGGUAAUUGGAAUGAAAUAAUUAAGUACAUUGAUUGUAAUCUCAAUUAUCCUCUUUUCCACA